UUUGUCACAUUUGUCUGCUUUUAAAUUCGUUUAGCUUUGCGUCGUCUAUGCAUGGUAAACUUUUUUACGGUUAAAGCAUUCCAUUAGUGUCGCUCAAACAGAAAAGAUUUCAAAAUUUUGAACUUUUUGUAUUCGAAUUUACAUAUUUUCAAUAAUUCCAAACAUUUUUUUGUAUUUACUGUUUGUGGAAAUGUUGAUAUUUUACCCCGGAGUUUUAAUGGUGUUGUACAUCAAAACUGUAAAUAGUUCGUUUUUCUUUCCUUCAAAUAGUGCAUACGGUAUAUUUGCUGCACUCGCAGUUCCCUUGGAUCUUGGACCACAUAGAAAUGUUUUUGUUUCUUACAAUUUCGAAGCAAAUUAUAAUUUGCCAGUAAAUUGGCAGCUCCCAACAUAUCUAGAAUUUGGUGACACUCGACUCAUGAAAGAUCAAAUCCGUGCAAAAAAUAAGAAAAAUCCUAUUGCAAGCAGUACAGAACUUAAUAAAGUAGCAAGUCAAGAUAUAAUUCAAUAUGUCAAAGGUGAUAACUCAACAAAUCAAAAAUUCAUAAUGUUCGAAACAUCUGACGAUGUAAAUGCUACAGAACAUUUACCUAGAGAAGAAGAAUCGAACGAGGAGAAUGAAAAGAACAAAUCUCGUGAAAGAAGAUCACUGCUCUCUAGAAAGAUGUUUUACAAUAUACUGACACAAAGAUUUCAAAUGUACGGAUACAAUGGUCGAAGUUGUCUCCUGCGAUUGAUAUGUGAGACAAAUGCUUCAAGAAUUGGAGAGAAUAACGGUUUCCUAGGAUCUGUGAUACACAUUAUUUUUACCCCAAGUUCAUCGAAGAAUGAUAAAUUAUCAAAAGCUUACUAUAGAGCCGAAAUUGAUGGGGAACAGGGAGGAUGCCAAAAAUAUUGGAAAGAAUGUCCGGAUAAUAUUUUUGAUUUUAUAUCAACACCUGUUCACGAUAUAAUAAAAUCUUUGAGAAUAAAUUAGGUGAAAUUGGUUUAGCUUUUAUUUUGGAAAGGUUAA